AUGGAACUUGCGGACACAUCCGAUGAAAUCGACCAAUUGGACGUGGAGACAGCUGAAGAUCCGACAACCGAACUGGUCAGCGACGAUGCCGUGGUUGCCGAACCACGUUUGAGCAACGAAAGCGCCAACUCAACGGCUUCCUCGUCUUCAUCGUCAAAGCGGAAGUCAUUUCAACCGCAGAAGAACAUUGAAGAUGUUGAAGAACAUCCGGAUGAGGAAGAUGACGAUGAGGCCCCGUCGCAGGAGAUCCAUACCAACGAGGAAAUCGCAGCUAAGAAUGACGACAAACCAGAGACGGAGAACAGUCGGCAGUUUGACGGUCUUAGCGCGCUCCAAUCACAAUUGAAUCAACCUAACAUGAAGUUCCAUGAGAUGUUUGAAACACAAAGGAAACUUUACAAUAACAUUAUUGAACAGCAAAAGAAAUUCUUUCCACCACCGCCUCCUCCACAACAACCGACUGUCGAUCUCAUGCCUGAAAAAGCUCGAGCCAGAGACUUCACCCAGUUGGCACAAACCCUCAAGACCGAAAUCAUCGACUCAUUGUCAGGAUCGAUCGAUAAGGUGUUGAAAGAGUGGGCAGCCAACGAGAUGGCACGUCUUCAGCAAGAAGCAGCUCGACCACCAGCCGUGCCACCGAUGUUUAACACGUUGUUCCCGGCGCCAAAUCCUCUAGCGGCGCAUUUUGGCCUCAAUCCACACAGUGAGUAA